AUGUCCACCAUCGAUGAAUUGGAAACGGACGAGGAGGAACGUCCAGCUAGCGCAAUGUCAUCGGUGCAGUCCAAUGAUCCACGCCUUGAGUUCAUCAGCUCAUUUACAUUGAGUUCAUUGCGACUGAAGCAGGACAAGUGGCAGCGUAUGAUGGCUACCGACUCGUUUCGUGUCAUUAUGUUUGAUUGGUUGCACAACGCGCAGCAGCGUCUCUUAGUUAUGACGCUCAAUCAUAGCGGAUAUUUGGUACCGAAAAUUGCGCUCAGUGAGUUGCACCACAAUUAUGCGGCGCAAUCAACCUUGAGCUCCACACCAACGCCACCAACAACAGCGAGUGUCAUAUCAGCAACACCAACUGCCAUCACGGAUCCGUACGCCGCGUUAGCCAAUCCAGUUGACCACACAAUGGCUGCAACGACAGCAACUUCGGAGCCAACAGCUAAAUCUAAUGAUGUCGGCCCACCAAGCAAAGCCGCCAAUACAACAAGCUCGACUGCCAUCGUUGCUUCGGCAGCUGCUGUGGCAGCCGCCGCUGUGCUGACGCUGCCAAUGCCACCAGCUUCUAGCAGCUUCUCCACACUGGACGGUGUGCCGCGCGGCAAAUGCGUUUACUUUGUGCGUCGAAGCGCGAACAUACCGUUAACCGCAGCUAAUUUCCGUACGCAAAUACUCUGUGGCGAUUUGCCGGUGCACAGCAAAAUAGAAACAUUAUCGCUGCUGUUCGAUGAAGUCUUUCAGCCUUUGCUCGAGUGUCCGCCGAAUCGGAAAUCGUGGCCGAAGCCGGUGCAAAAGGAUUUGCAAUUACACAUUAAAGAGGUGCGCAACAUGCUGGUCGAGAUCAAGGGAAAGACCAACAAUCGCACAAUUUUAUCAUUAUUAGUUGCGCCGGCAGUCAUCGAAGAAGUGGCAACACACGUUAAUCAGGGUAAUCUUGCACCAGCCAUCGAGCCGAAGUUUCGCACAUCGCUCGAGGAGAUGUACAUUAACUGGACAACACAGAUGCACGAUAUAAUUAUCGAAAGAUCCGAGUGCCACAGUGCUGUUCAGGCAAGAAGCACCAACCAGCCAAUCAAGAGUGUAGUGCUUGUGACGCUCCCCGCGCACGAAAUCGCCUACUGGUCUAACCGCAAGCAAAAUUUGCAAAAUAUUUACGAACAAUUACGCACACCGACACACAAAACACUCACACACAUACUGCAGAGCAUCGAUUCACCCUACUACGAGCCAUUCGUGAGGGUCUUCAAGCGCUUGGUAUGCGCCUGGCAUGAGGCCGAGGACAACACGUUGUGGCUGCAGCCGUUACUACGUCAGACGGCCGCUUUUAACGCUGUCAAUUUUCACGCCGCCGGCGAAUUGGUGAAUCCGCUCGUGCAUGUGCUGCAUCUCAUUUGGACCCAUGCGCGCUACUACCGCAGUACGCGACGUAUGACGGUGCUGCUGCGUUGCGUUUGUCAGUUGUUGGUGCGGCGCGCCAGCGAGGAUUUGGAUUUCCCACUGCUCUUUCAAGGUGAUGCUGAUGAGGGUUUGUCCAAGAUAACCAAAUCGAUGGAGGUUAUGGAGCAGCUUAAGUCUCGUCUGUUGGAGUACAAGGAGAAAUAUUCCAGUAAUCAGCAGUUGUUGCCAGCCAUACCCAGCACAUCCCGUAUGGCCGCUUCAGCUUCUUCUGACAACAGCACGGAAGCUUAUGAGAUCUGGCGUUUCUCGCCCGACGAUGUUUUUGGUUGCACACUGAACCGGUUUUUGGCGCAGUUGUGCGAUAUGCGCACACUAUUUGAGGCUGCCGUGUCGUUUCAAAAUCUCGAGAAAAUAGAAUUUGGUGGUCUGCGUGGCAGACAACUGAACGAGCGUGUAAGACAGGUGCACACACAAUUCAAGGAGUACUUUGAGCAAUGGACUCUAACCGAAUUCGGUGCAGCACAGUUGGAUACGCAAUUGCCGAGCAGCAGCAAUUGGACGCUCUUUAAGCGACAGCUACGUAACUUCUUCGUACAUAUACAAGCGCUGGAACAGAAGUUGGCAACGAUAUUCGUGCAGGCGUACAAGGAUUGCCAAAACUGGGAGCAAUUAACUAAGCUAACGGUAAUGCUUGGCAGUGGCAUCCUACAGCGAGGCACAAUUCUACCGGAACUUCGUGUCAUUGAGUCACAUCUUCUUCAUAUCUACGACGAAGAGUUGCAGCAGCUGGAGGCAUCAGCGCAUAAAGUGCUGUUAGAAUUUGAAUUUCGUGGUGUGUCUGCCAUACCGAUUCAGUGGGGAUUUCCACCCAUCGCCGGCGCUCUAAUGUGGUUGGAACAGCAUAUGCAACGCAUAGACGCCCUGACAUCGCGUGAACUGCAUAAUUUUAUGAAGACAAUACUCUUUAACGCCGACAUUUCAACCGGAAGCAAGGAAACCAUUAGCAACAGCAACAACAUGGAAUACAACGAAACUUGGCAUGAAGAAGGUGUUGCCGAUGAAGGGACCGUUAACUCAGUAAAUGCCUACCGACGACUAAAUACGCGACGUGAUAUUUUGACAACAAAGCUUAGCAAUUUGCAGUUGAAAAUCUGGCACAAUUGGCAGCAGACCAUAUGCAAGAGGAUAGCCGACGGACUUGAUGCACGUGUGAUGUCCCUCGGCGACAACAACAGCAACAGCCAAAGCAACAGCAGCGACGGCAACGGUCAUUUGAGCGGCGCUAGUGGAAAUUACACCUUUGGCGCAAAUUUUCGCAGUGCAAUCACCGCAGCGUUGGCACAUUCACGCAAUCACAAUAGCCGCAACAACAAAACUGACAGGAGUGUUAGUAACAACAACAACAACAACAAUGAUAACAAACAAAACCGCAGCAGCAUCAAAGACGCACCGAAAUCGAGUGCAAAGGCAAAAUCACUGCAAAUGAAUUUCUCAUCGGAUUUAUUUGGACUUUUGCAAGAGGUCAAGCAUUUGCUGGCAAUGCAGCAGGUGAGCGGGGUGCGGCGCGGCAGCAACGACAUUAGCGUCAACAAUCUAUCAACGUUUGAGGCUGCCGGCGUUAUGGCAACCACUCAGGCUCAACACGAGCUUGAAAAUCAAUCAGCGACAUUGCGGGAGGCGGAGGCAGCGGCUGGGGGAUUUGAAGAUAGCGACAGCAUGGAGUUGGCAGCAGCGGUAACUGCGUCAUUGUCAGCCGCUACAAAUGCAUCGUUAACACAGCAACAAGGACCGAAUGCGUUGGCGAGCAAUUUGCUGGAUUUGUACGCCGAAAGAGACGAGUUUUGGCAACGCAAAGUGAAACUCAUCAAAAUCUGCGAAUUCUACAAUGGUAUUCGUGGUCUGUCCACUGAUGACGCUUGUGUUGGCGGCAUUAUUGGUAGCGCUGCCGAGUUGCAACUGAUUCGCCAUGAAGUGAAUACAAUUGACGAACGUGUGGAAGUGGCAUGCGCUACGCUCACAUGGCGCACGUAUGAUACGGCAUUGAUGCAUGAAAUCUAUGAGCGUUCCAAACGACUCUAUAAUCGCCUCAAGCAAACACAGCACAAUCUACUGGCCAUCAUACAAAGUAUACGCCGCUGGAGUCGGGAGCCACUCUACCAACGUUGCGCCUACGGGCGUAACCUAUUAGACACACAACAGCAGCAGGAACGGUUACGGCAACGGCGCGUGCAAUGCGACGAGACACGGCGUCUAUUGAAUCGACUGUUGAUUGCCAAUUUCUGUUUAUUUUUCGAUUAUGACCAGCAGCGCGGCGACUUUGAAGGGCAUGACGAUCAAUGCAUACAGGAGUUCUUACGCAAGUUCCCCACUGCUCAACGACGCAGCUACAACAAGUAUUUAGCCGGCGUGGAGUCACUAAUUAGUCAGGAAGUGCGCAUGGCUAUUAAAGUCAGUUUGGCGUAUUUUCACAACCGAAUGGUGAACACCGCCAACGAAAAUGAAGAGUUGUCAACUCGAGCAACAACAACAACACCGCCAACAACACACUACACGGCAGCAAACACGUCAACCGCCGGCACACCUGCGCAGGUUGGCGCUGAUGAUGAUGACGGCGCUGACGCUGGCGUUGCGGGUGGCACAGGUGCAGGGGUAGAGGCACUGUACGCGUCUCAUAAACAACCAGUUGCGGCAGCCGUUGGCAAACAGCGAUCGUUGUUGUCGCCACGCCCGCAAACACCGUUGCCGACAAAACCUGCACUGCCAGUGGCAGCAACGCCUACAACAAUAACAACAGCAGCAACAACAACUACGAGAGUAAUGUCUGCAAUCAGUAUUAGUGGCAGCAACAGCAGUGCCGCUAUAAUGGCGCACCAACACCUCAACAGGCCGUCUGCCGUGUCGGCGGCAACCGCAAUGCCACUGUUUGAGGUGAAAUUAGUGUUGCUGCCGGCUGAGACCGAGACGCAGUCGUCGGUGGCAGAGACGGCGUCGGAUGUGUGGCAUACAAAUACGGAAAUACGCUUCGUGCCAUCAUUCAACGUGAGUGUAGAAAAUAAUUUUCAGCAAAUUGUCGAGCAGCUGCUGGAGGACAUACACCAGACUAGCCACGGUUGCAUGCCGCGGCGAAUUGUUGACGACAAGACGCUGUCUGAUGACAAUGAAGAUGACGACGACGAUGGCAGCGCCGAGGACGUAGUUGCACAUAAUGGCAACAACAGCAACAAUAAUUUAAAUGAUGACGAUAGCGCUGUGGUAGACACCGUUGAAUGCAGUAAUAAUGAUUACGUGUUGCAAGCAGAAAACUUGCGAACCUUCGCGAGACUGCAACACGGGCGACGCACGGAAGAGGACCGAAAACAGCAACAGACACGAAAUGCGAGUUUAUCAACGUUUCAUGAGGUGGCUGUGGCGAAGCGUCUACAGCUGCAGGAACUAGCGUCGAAAGCGGGACGAUCGCAGCAGGGUAACGGAGACCAAACAGACAUCUCUGCCGACGAACUGCGUCUGCUGAACGCCAACAUACACACUGCACUCACAACAACCAUACGCGAUGCGCGACUCUUCGCGGCGCAAUUCAACGCAUACGCCUUUCUGUGGGAACAGCAGCGAGAGCAGGUGCUACAAGCCACCUUACAAGGCGCACGCGAAAAGGAAGCUGUCGCUGGUAAAGGUUACGCCAUCAUGGAGGCAUUCAAAAUGCAGAUUGACCGCUACAAUGAGCAUCACGAGGCCGUUGAGCAACUAGCAGGACAACAGCGCAUUAAUGGUUGGCUUAGCAUCGACCUAAAUCCACUGAAGUAUGCGCUACUAAACCACGUCUGCAAAUGGUCACACCUCCACAAACGCUGGCUGCUGCAGUACGUGGAACGCACCUUGAAUGAGCUCACCAACUUCAUCAGUCAUGGUCUGGCGAUUCUCCAGCUGCCCGUUGGCUUGAGACACUUUCGCCGCUUGCUACGCGUACUCGCUGUUAUGGCACAAAUCCAGAAACACGUCGCCUAUGCGGACAACAUGUUUAAGCCUCUCAAGGACAUUAUGGCUUUGCUGAAAUCUUAUAAUGUGGAGUUUGAUCAACAGUUGCUGAGAAAUAUCGAUCAUUUGCCGUUACAAUGGAAGCAUCUGAAGGAUGUAGCGGCUGCGCGUUCGGAAGCGCUGGAGCAGGCCCAAAGUUAUCAGAAGGAGCGUGUUAAUUCCAUGAUUGUCAUAUUCAUGUGUCGCGUACAAAAUUACGCCAAACAAUUUCCGCGCUUGCCGUUCUUUUCCGUUCCCUGCGACAAGGUUUAUGAGCACUGCGAUGCUGUUUGUGCUCGUUUAGACCACCUUGCUUCACUUCAUCGCCGAUACCUGCGCUAUUCGGUACUCCUCGGCAUCGAUGCUGCGGAUCCAACAACACUACAGCUGUGCAGCGCCGAACUGAGGCGCAUAAAGCAAUUGUGGGACUAUGUGCAUGUGAUUGAAGCCUCUAUUGUGGAGUGGCAUGCUACACCGUGGCACAGCAUAGAUACCGAUGAAUUGGAAACCGAGUGUAAGAAGUUUACGCGUGAUCUACGCACUCUGGACAAAUGUAUACGCGAUUGGGCGCCAUACAUAUACAUCGUGGACAUACUCAAAGAGUUGAUGGCUUCAUUGCGCGCCAUCACCGAACUACAGAAUCCGGCUAUUAGCGAACGGCAUUGGCUCGAGCUUAUGCAAGCAACCAAGUUGACUCAGACGCAUACCGUGGAAUAUUUGCUCUCUUUCAAAAGCAAUAAAAAUGCAUCGCUGGAGCAACUACUUCAAUUGCAGCUGCAUCAGCACGAAGAGGAAAUUAAGAAUACCGUCGAUCGCGCAGUCAAGGAAAUGACGGUGACCAAAGUGUUAGAUGAAAUCAAAAUCACCUGGACGCGCAUGAGCUUCGAAACGGAGCAACAUCAACGGCGCACAGAAGUGCAAUUGCUUAAAGUUUCUGAAGAGCUAAUGGAAACACUCGAUGAUAAUCAAAUGCAGCUACAAAACAUCGCCACUUCGAAGAAUAUUGAGUACCUGCUAGAUAAACUAAGCUACUGGCAGCGUAUUCUCAAUGAUGUCGAUGCGUUGAUUGGCAGUUGGUUCGAGGUGCAACGUAAAUGGGUUUAUUUGGAGGCGAUUUUCAUUGGAACUGCCGAUAUACGUGCGCAAUUGCCCACCGACGCAGCAAGCUUUGAGAUUAUUGACAGCGAAUUCACACAACUGCUAGAUGAGGUUAUACACAUCGGCAUUGCCAUGAAGAUCGUGCUACAAUGCCAGCAUAUUUUCAAGACGUUAGCGGCAUUACAACAGCGCUUGGCGGUAUGUGAGAAGGCUUUGAAUGAUUACUUGGAGACGAAACGUUUAGUCUUUCCACGCUUCUACUUCAUAUCCGCUGUGGAUCUGCUCGAUAUACUAUCAAAUGGCAAUUGUCCGCGCGUAAUUGACCGACAUCUCAUUAAACUGUUCGAUUCCAUACUGCGACUGGAAUACGAGCUGGACGCUGAAGACGAACCAUAUCAUGCGAUUGGAAUGUUUUCAAAGGAGAAUGAUGAAUAUGUACGGUUUGCAGCUAGGAACGAAGACGCGCCGCAUGUAAAGUGUGCCGAGCGUGUGGAGUUAUGGUUGAAUGGUGUCAUCUUUCAAAUGCGCAGCACUUUGCAUGAACUCUUUCGGCGCGCCCUGCAUGCACAAGUGAAUCGAUCACGUGAAUCGUGGCUACAUGAGUGGCCCGCACAGGUCGCUUUGUGUUGCAGUCAAAUAGCUUGGGCAGCCGAUGUAAAUCGUGCUUUUGCAUGGAUAGACGAGGGUUACGAAGCAGCCAUGAAGGAGCUCCAUAAACGACAGAUGACGCAACUGAAUUCACUCAUCAACUUACUGUUGGGCGAACUCACACCCGGCGAUCGUCAGAAGAUAAUGACCGUCUGCACAAUCGAUGUGCAUUCGCGUGAUGUAGUCGGUAAAAUUAUACAGGCUAAAGUAGAUAAUGCGCUGGCUUUUCAAUGGCAAAGCCAGUUACGACAUCGCUGGGAUGAUGCUAUGCUCGAGGCAGAGCACCGACCAGCAGCAGCUGACGAGGACUGUUUUGCGAACAUCUGCGAUGCGGAAUUCCGCUAUGCCUAUGAAUAUCUCGGCAAUACUUCGCGUUUAGUUAUUACACCGUUGACGGAUCGUUGUUACAUCACUUUGACGCAGUCAUUGCACCUUGUGAUGGGUGGCGCUCCCGCUGGACCAGCCGGCACUGGCAAAACUGAGACCACCAAAGAUUUGGGGCGCGCACUUGGCAUGAUGGUGUAUGUGUUCAACUGUUCCGAACAAAUGGACUAUAAAUCAUGUGGCAACAUUUACAAGGGUCUAGCGCAGACUGGAGCGUGGGGCUGUUUCGAUGAAUUCAAUCGUAUUGCGGUGGAGGUGUUGUCAGUUGUAGCCGUACAGGUGAAAACUAUACAAGACGCAAUCAAGAUGCAUCGCAAAUGGUUUACGUUUAUGGGGGAGUCCAUCGCUUUAGUACCUUCAGUUGGUAUCUUCAUUACGCUCAAUCCUGGUUACGCAGGACGUACUGAAUUGCCUGAAAACUUGAAGACGCUCUUUCGCCCAUGUGCUAUGGUCGUACCGGACUUUGCACUCAUUUGUGAAAUUAUGCUUAUGGCAGAGGGGUUCCAAGAUGCCCGCAUACUCGCACGUAAGUUCAUAACACUGUAUACCUUAUGUCGGGAGCUCUUAUCCAAGCAAGACCACUAUGAUUGGGGACUGCGCGCCAUCAAAUCCGUGCUGGUGGUGGCAGGCACCUUAAAGAGAGACGACCACAGUCGUCCAGAGGAUCAGGUACUUAUGCGUGCCUUGCGAGACUUUAACAUACCAAAAAUUGUGACCGAAGACGUUUCCAUAUUCAUGGGACUUAUUGGCGAUCUCUUCCCCACGUUGGAUGUACCACGUAAACGCAUCUUUGACUUUGAAAAGACUAUACGACGGGCCGUCAAUGAGAAUAAGCUACAACCUGAGGAAGGCUUUCUGAUGAAGGUGGUACAACUGCAAGAUUUGUUGGACGUACGACAUUCGGUCUUUAUAGUUGGUAACACUGGUACUGGAAAAACAAAAAUUUGGCAAACGCUACUUGAAACAUAUCGCAUACAGAAGUUGAAACCCGUCUGUAGUGUGCUCAACCCAAAAGCUUUAUCCAAUGACGAGCUGUUCGGGGUCGUAAACUCGACAACACGUGAAUGGAAGGAUGGAUUAUUCUCAUCCAUAAUGCGUGAACAGACAAAUUUACCGGCAGGCAGUCCUAAAUGGAUUGUGCUCGAUGGCGAUAUCGACCCAAUGUGGAUAGAAAGUUUGAAUACUUUAAUGGAUGACAAUAAAAUAUUGACGCUUGCCAGCAACGAACGGAUUACACUGAAGCGCGAAAUGCGUUUACUCUUCGAGGUUGGGCACCUUAAGGCAGCCACACCGGCUACAGUUUCUCGUGCCGGCAUUUUGUAUAUCAAUCCGCAAGAUAUGGGUUGGUCACCGUAUGUGCUCUCUUGGAUUGAAACGCGUAACGACCCUAUAGAGCGAGGUACUCUAACCACUUUGUUUGAAAAGUAUUUCCCCAGCUUAAUGACUAGACAUCGUACAUUCCGACGUACAACGCCGAUUAGCGAAAUGGCUAUGAUACAAAUGACUUGUCAUUUGCUCGAGAGCCUGCUACUUUUGCUUAAACAGGCUGAUAAACUGGCCGAAGCAGCAGUCGACGUCACAGCACAUAACCUUGUGAACCCCAGUGAAACCACAAGCGGAUCCCUUGACCUCUCAAUUGAAUUGAUAUUCAUCUAUGCAACAAUGUGGGGCUUCGGCUCAGCUUUGCAUCAAGACCACAUCAUCGACUGGCGACGCGAAUUCCAUAAAUGGUGGAUAAGCGAAUUCAAGGAUGUCAAAUUGCCGACACAAGAUUCCAUUUUCGAUUACCAACUGGAUGUGCGCACAAACAAAUUUCGUCGUUGGACGGAAUUGGCGGCAGAGCGAAAAAUCGAGCCAAUAGAUACUGAAAUGCCAAUACAGUCUUUGCUCGUGCACACGGCGGAAACAGUGCGAUUGACAUACUUUCUGAAAUUGCUCAUCGAACGCAGAUACCCUUGCAUGUUGGUGGGAAAUUCUGGCUGUGGGAAAAGCGCAAUUUUUCGUGAACUUUUCAGCCUGUACGAAAAUGAGCUCGGCGCGAGCGAUGUUGAUAGUUUAAUGGAAAGACAAGCGGUGGGCGUAAGACGGCCGAAGCUAAUGUCGAGCAGACCUCGAAACAUAGCUGUGCAGACGACAUAUUUCAACUACUACACCACUUCGGAGAUAUUUCAAAAAAUCCUCGAACGUCCAUUGGAAAAGAAGACAGGACGCUGCUAUGCGCCUAGUGGUGCAAAUCGUCACCUGAUUUACUUCAUUAACGAUCUCAAUAUGCCCGAGGUGGAUGUGUAUGGCACGGUGCAGCCACACACGAUAAUACGACAGUUCAUGGACUACAGACAGUGGUACGAUCGUCAGCGUCUGCAGUUAAAGGAUAUACGUCACUGCCAGUUUGUCGCCUGCAUGAACCCCACAGCUGGCUCCUUCACAAUCGAUCCACGCUUGCAACGCCACUUCUCAGUGUUUUCCAUGCCCACACCCAGCGAGGAGACACUGCAACGCAUUUUCGGCACAAUUUUACGCAGUCACUUGGAGAACCCCUACAACUCGUUCAGCAAGGAGCUCAAAAGCAUCGCGGAAUUAUUGGUGCAAGUAGGUAUCGCUUUGCAUCGUCGCGUGGAAUAUGCUUUUUUACCGACCGCAGUGAAAUUCCACUACGCUUUCAAUCUGCGUGAUCUCACUAACAUAUAUCAGGGGCUAAUGUACAGCUGCGGAGUACCAACCGACCAGGCCAGCAGUGUAAUGUUGGCUAAUAAUGGCACAAUUUGCAGCAAACCCGCCGACUUGAUACGUCUUUAUGUACACGAGGCUUACCGCGUCUACCACGAUCGUCUGGUGGAUCAGUAUGACAUCAAAGCCUUCAAAGCAACCAUACGCGAUAUCUUCAAGAAGGAUUUUGAGGAUUUCGAUGAAGACUUUGUAUUUGCCGAACCACUUAUCUACAGCCAUUUUGCACAAUCGCUUGUGGAUCAGAAGUAUAUGCCGCUACGUAGCUGGGAUAAGCUGCAUCAAUUACUAAUGGAAGCUCAGGCAAACUACAAUGAGAUCGUAGGCUAUAUGAAUUUGGUGAUGUUCGAAGACGCUAUGAUACAUGUUUGUCGCAUUAAUCGCAUACUGGAGAGUCCACGUGGAAAUGCGUUGUUAAUCGGCGUCGGUGGCUCGGGUAAACAGACACUCGCACGACUCGCCUCAUUCAUUUCAUCGCUGAGCGUAUUUCAAAUACAACUUAAACGUGGUUUUGGUCUGCAAAAUCUGAAAGAAGAGUUCGCCACUUUGUACAUGAAAGUUGGUCUGAAGAAUGUGGCCUCGGUGUUUCUAAUGUCCGACGCGCAAAUACCAGAAGAAUCUUUACUAAUGCUCAUCAAUGAUCUCUUGGCCUCGGGCGAGAUACCAGAACUCUUCAACGAGGAUCAACUGGAUACUAUUGUCAAUGGUAUACGCAAUGAAGUGAAACAAACCGGCACACUCGACACCAAAGAGAACUGCUGGCGCUUUUUCAUCGACAAAAUCAGACGGCUCUUAAAAGUAGUGCUCUGCUUCUCACCUGUCGGUCAGACUUUACGUGUACGUGCACGUAAAUUUCCGGCCAUUCUUAGUCGCGCCAGCAUCGAUUGGUUCCAUGAAUGGCCGAAAAUAGCCUUGGAGUCGGUCUCGCAGAAAUUCCUCAGUGAAAUCGAGCAGCGCAUUUUACCUCGCAACAUGGUGAAGCCUAUCGGUUGCUUUAUGGCCUACGUUCAUCACACAGUCAAUCAGAUUUCGAAAAUUUAUUUACAAAACGAAAAACGUUUUAACUACACAACACCGAAAACCUUUCUCGAAUACAUUUUCCUCUAUCGCAAAUUGUUGGUGGCGAAGAACAGCGAGCAUGCAGGGCGCAUUCAACGCUUGCAGAGCGGCAUGUCUAAAUUGGCGGAGUGUGCGUGUCAAGUGGACGCACUGAAGAAUCAACUGGCUAUUCAAGAGGUUCAACUGGCUGCAAAGAAUGCCGCUGCUGAUAAACUGAUCGUCAUUGUCAGCGCCGAGAGUGAAAAGGUGAAGCGCGAGAAGUCGACAGCUUCUGAGGAGGAACAACGCGUCAGAAUCAUUGAAGAAGACGUUUGCAUGAAAACCAAAUUAUGUGAGGAGGAUCUGCGCAAGGCGGAGCCAGCGCUUGUUGCUGCGCAGGCCGCACUAAAUACUCUAAAUAAGAAUAAUCUUACAGAAUUGAAAUCAUUCGGCUCACCACCGAAGGCUGUGGUAAAUGUGUGCGCUGCUGUUAUGGUUUUACUUGCUAAAAAUGGUAAGAUACCACGUGAUCGCAGCUGGAAGGCGUCCAAACUAAUGAUGGUACGCGUCGACCAGUUUCUAUACGACUUGGUGAACUAUAAUAAGGACAACAUACAUCCAAAUAUUAUUGAAGUGCUGCAAGAGUACUUGAAGGAUCCCGAAUUCAGUCCCGAGAAGGUAGUACAAAAGUCGGUAGCUGCAGCUGGUCUCUGUGCCUGGGUUAUCAACCUGCAUCGUUACCAUCAAGUAUUUCUCAUUGUCGGUCCCAAGCAACAGGCUUUGCAAGAUUCGCAAAAGGAAUUGCAGGAGGCACGUGAACGCCUGCAAUACUUAAAGUUUAAAAUCCAAGAAUUGGAAAUGAAGCUCGCCGAGAUACAGGCAGAGUUCGAGGAAGCGAUAGCAGCGAAGCAGAUGUGUCAACGUGAGGCGGACAAAACGGCAUUCACUAUAGAUCUGGCGCAUCGUCUCAUCAACGGUCUGGCCAAUGAGAACGUACGUUGGAAGGAAUCGGUGCAAAGCUUACAAGCGAAAAUCGGUACACUACCUGGCGAUAUCUUGCUAAUUUCCUCCUUCUUGUCAUAUGUUGGCUGCUUUACGCGACGCUAUCGCGAGGAGCUGCAGCAGAAGAUGUGGAUGACGAGUUUUGCUAAAAUUGAGUCCACGGUGCCGUACACAAUUGGUGUGGAUCCCCUGACACUGCUCACCGACGAUGCACAGGUCGCGACUUGGAAUAAUGAGGGACUGCCGGUGGAUCGUAUGUCAACGGAGAAUGCAACAAUUUUAACACAUUCCACGCGCUGGCCACUUAUGAUAGAUCCGCAGCUUCAAGGCAUCAAGUGGAUAAAAAAUCGAUACGGAGACGCACUGGUCAUAAUACGUUUGAAUCAAAAGGGUUUCUUAGAUGUAUUGGAAAAAUCGAUGAACAACGGCGAUACUGUUUUGAUAGAGCAGAUUGGCGAAACAAUCGAUACUGUAUUGGAGCCGUUACUUAGUCGAGCUUUAAUUAAGAAGGGACGCUACAUACGCAUCGGUGGCAAAGAGAUGGACUUUAAUGCAAACUUUCGUUUGCUGCUGCACACAAAACUACCGAACCCACAUUACAAGCCUGAAAUACAAGCACAAACCACACUCAUCAACUUUACCGUUACACCAGAUGGGCUGGAAGAGCAGUUGCUCGCUGAAGUUGUUAAAAUCGAACGACCCGAUUUGGAGCAAAUGAAGAUCGACGUAACGGUACAGCAGAAUAAGUUCAAAAUUUCACUGAAAGCCUUAGAAGAUGAGCUCUUGGUGCGUUUAGCCACAGCCAGCACGAAUGUAUUGGAUGACCAUGCACUUGUGAUCAACUUGGAGGCGACCAAGCACACGGUGGACGAGAUUGAACUAAAGGUGCGCGAGGCGCUCAUAACGAGUGCGCAAAUUGACGAGGCGCGUAAUAUGUAUCGUGCAGCUGCGAAGCGAGCCGCCAUACUUUACUUCGUGCUGACUGAUCUGAGUCGCAUAAAUCCGAUUUACAAAUUUUCGCUUAAAUCAUUUAUGAAUGUUUUCAAGAAAGCUAUAUCCACGGCACCAAAGAGUAAAAAUCACGAACGACGAGUUCAGCACCUGGUAGGCGCUAUCACGCUGCAGACGUUCGUCUUUACGAUGCGGGGCCUCUUCGAAGCCGAUAAAUUGACAUUCACCUCGCAUAUGAUAUUGCGUAUUCAAAGCGCGGCCGGACAAAUUUCCAAAGAUGAGUUUGAUUUCCUUUUACGCUUUCCACAUGAUCCAAACUCACUGUCCCCUUUGGACUUUGUUAGUCGCAAAGCUUGGGGCGGCAUAAAAUCAUUAGGCGGAAUUGAACAUUUUUACGGUAUUGACAAGGACUUGGAGAGUUAUCCGAAGCGUUGGAGUAAAUUUCUUGCGAGUGCGGCGCCUGAAAGAGAGCAAUUUCCUGGCGAGUGGAAGUAUCGUUCGCCACUGCAGAAGCUCUGUAUUAUACGAGCUCUGCGUCCCGACAGGAUGCUGUACGCAAUGAGGUUAUUUGUGGAGCUGACGAUGGGCAAGGAUUACACUAAAAUACCGACAGCAACCUUUACCGAGAUUUACAAAGAAAUCAAUGCCCACACACCGGUCUUAUUUAUACUUUCACCUGGCGUUAAUCCCAUACGCGAUGUGGAGCUUCUGGGCCAACAGUUAGGCUUUCGCGCCGAUAACGAUACGCUUAUUAAUAUAUCCUUGGGACAAGGACAAGAACAAUUAGCGGAAGCCGCCAUAAUCAACGCCUUGACCAGCAAAAAGCAUUGGGUCGUAUUGCAGAAUAUUCACUUGGUCGUCAACUGGCUACCUUCACUGGAAAAAUUAAUCGAACGUAUUGCUAUAGAGAACGAGACCAACGAUGACAGCGAUGAAUCCAGUUUUCGUUUAUUCAUCAGUGCCGAGCCAGCGCCAGAUCCCGAGUACCAUGUCAUACCACAGGGUAUACUUGAGUCGUCGCUGAAAAUAGUGAAUGAACCACCGUCAGGAAUGGCGGCCAAUCUGCACAAAGCUUGGGAUAACUUCUCACAGGAGACUUUAGAAACCUGCACACAAGAAGCCGAAUUCAAGGCUAUACUCUUUGCGCUUUGCUACUUUCAUGCCGUUUCAGGUGAGCGUUGUAAAUUCGGACCACAGGGCUGGAAUAAGUCCUAUCCCUUCAAUAUCAGCGAUCUUAUGAUAUCCGCUAAUGUCUUGCAUAAUUAUUUGGAGGGCAGUUGCCGCAUACCGUGGGAGGAUCUACGUUAUCUUUUCGGCGAAAUUAUGUACGGCGGUCAUAUUACUGACGACUGGGAUCGUCGUCUCUGUCGCACAUAUCUCGAGGAAUUACUGCAACAAGAAUUGAUCGACGGCGAUUUUGAAUUAUGUCCGGGUUUUCCUGCACCACCCAAUCUCGACUAUCAAGGCUAUCACAGUUACAUCGAUGAAGUGUUGCCAGCAGAGUCUCCCGUUCUUUACGGAUUGCAUGCAAAUGCCGAAAUCGGUUUCCUAACGAGUGCAUCCGAGCAACUGCUUAAGACAAUAUUUGAAUUGCAACCACGUGAAUCUGAGCUUAGCACGAAUUGUAGCGCGCCACGUGAGGAGCUUGUCAAAAUCAUGAGUGAGGACUUUCUGGAUAAAAUGCAAGAUGAAUUCAAUUUACAGGCUUUACUGAAUCGCGUAGAUCGCAAGACGCCAUUCGUCGUGGUCGCGCUGCAAGAGUGCGAACGCAUGAACGCGUUAAUAUUUGAAAUAAAGCGAUCGUUACGCGAGCUGCUGUUGGGCUUGAAGGGCGAACUUACCAUAACUCCUGACAUGGAACGACUAGAUCAUGCGAUUUUCUACGAUACCGUACCGUCAGCUUGGACGCAAUUAGCUUACCCCAGUAUGUUAGGUCUGCAAAGUUGGUAUGCUGAUCUUCUACAUCGCAUAAAAGAAUUGUCGAGUUGGCUUAACGAUUUUAAGCUACCCUGCACCAUUUGGAUCGGUGGUUUAUUCAAUCCGCAAAGCUUUCUCACAGCCAUAAUGCAAGAGAGUGCCCGCAAGCAUGAUUUGCCUUUGGACCGAAUGUGUCUAAGUUGUGAGGUGACGAAGAAGGAGAAGGACGACAUAUCAUUACCCCCAGUUGAAGGUGCACUCGUGCAUGCUCUCUACCUGGAUGGUGCCAGUUGGGAUUGCCAGCUUAAUUCUAUUGUGCCAUUGCCGCCGAAGGAGCUGCUCUGUGCCAUGCCGGUCAUUUAUAUAAAAUCUAUUGUGCAGGAGAAACAAGAAUCGCAGCGUUGUUAUGAGUGUCCGUUAUACAAGACAAGACUACGUGGCAGCACCUAUGUGUGGACAUUUAAUUUAAAGACCCGCGAACGGCCAGCCAAAUGGAUACUUGGCGGUGUGGCCCUAUUACUUCAGCCAUAAAGUAGGAAGGCAGUGAUAAUGAGUGAAACCAUUAUAGAGGCUUUUUAGAUACGCUUAACAUUGUUCAAUAAUUAUCAGCACUGUGUUUUACUUAGAGUGCACCAAAAUACAAUUUUUGAGAAACUUAAUAUAAUUAUAUUAU